UGGAAGCAAGAUGGCGACGCACAGGUGAUUGCAGAAGGACUUGGAUAAACGGACUACGAAACAUGAGAUUUCUUGUGAGGGCAGCAGUUGCAAUGGGGUGAUAGCGAGAUGACUUCGGUGAAAGUCGCUGUCCGGGUCCGCCCCGUCAACCAGCGGGAGGUGGACCUGGGGAGCAGGGUGAUCAUCAAGAUGGACAACUCCAAGACCAGCAUCACCAACCUCAAGAUGCCAGAGUCAAUAGGAGCUGGGGACUCCGGUCGAGAACAGAUGAGGGUGAAGGAUUUCACAUUUGACCACUCCUUCUGGUCUGCCAACCCCGGUGACCAACACUAUGUCUCGCAGGAGAAUGUGUACAAUGCGCUGGGCAGUGAAAUCCUGAGUUCAGCGUAUGAAGGCUACAAUGUGUGCGUGUUUGCCUACGGUCAGACAGGGUCAGGGAAGAGUUACACCAUGAUGGGUGAUUCUGAAAAUGAAGGGCUGAUUCCCAGGUUCUGUCAGAGUUUGUUUUCAAGGAUGACAGAUGAAAAUACUUCUUAUCGAACUGAAGUCAGUUACCUGGAAAUCUACAAUGAGAAAGUGCGCGAUCUCCUCCGUCCGAACUCCACCAAUAAGCCAGUGUACAGCCUGCGUGUCCGGGAACACCCUAAAGAAGGCCCAUAUGUCCAGGACCUGUCCAAACACAUAGUGAAGAAGUAUGGUGAUAUCCACCGCCUGAUGAGUAAAGGUAACAUUAACAGAACCACUGCUUCAACCAAUAUGAAUGACGUCAGUAGUCGAUCUCAUGCUAUCUUUACUAUAGUCUUUACACAGGCUCGUUUUGUGGAUGAAAUGCCUAUGGAAAUGCAUAGUAAGAUUCAUCUGGUGGACUUGGCUGGCAGUGAGAGGGCGGAUGCAUCCGGUGCUACAGGUCAGAGGCUGAAGGAAGGGGCCAGCAUCAACAAGUCUCUCGUCACCCUCGGCAACGUCAUCUCUGCACUAGCUGAGAUGUCGGAGAAGACCAGCAAGAGCAAAAUGCCGACUUUCAUCCCAUACCGAGACUCAGUUCUCACCUGGCUGCUGAAGGACAGCCUUGGGGGCAACGCCAAGACCAUCAUGAUAGCCACUAUAUCACCUGCAGAUGUUAAUUAUGGAGAAACACUGAGUACUCUCCGGUAUGCAAAUCGGGCCAAGGACAUCAUCAAUCGUCCAACAAUUAAUGAGGAUCCAAAUGUGAAACUGAUUCGAGAACUGCGAGAAGAAAUUGCACGUUUACAAGGACUUAUCGGAGGGGAUGUGAAUGGGAUGGCAUCUCCCAAAGUGCAAGAAAAACUUCAUGAGAAUGAGGCUAGGAUCAAGAUCCUCACACAGGAGUGGGCCGGGAAGUGGAAGGAGGCUGCCAGCAUCCUACAGGAGCAGAAGACGCUGGCGCUGAGGAAGGAAGGGCUUGGCGUGGUCCUGGACUCAACACUGCCACAUCUGAUUAGGUUUGAGGAUGACAUUCUCAGCACUGGCAUCAUGCUGUACCACCUCAAGGAAGGGGUGACUACUAUCGGCGUCGAUGAAGCAGGGGCUGCUGUCAAUGGCCCGCGUCCUGAUAUUGCUCUGUCUGGUCCUGAAGUUGAACGUGAACACUGUGAGAUUCGAUACUAUGACAAAGACGUGUUUCUCCACCCUCUAGAAGAUGCUUUUUGUAUGGUCAAUGGCUACCCUGUCAAUGAACCAGUCAAACUUACUCAAGGUGUUGUGAUUGUUCUGGGAAGAACUAACAUGUUUCGCUUCAACCAUCCAGAAGAAGCAGCUAAGAUGAAACAAGAACUCAGCAAGUCUACCUCAAAUCUGAAUCUUUCGACAAACUCCCUCCUGAGUCACUCUCGUACAUCUCUGCUGAGCCACUCCAUGACAGAUCUGUAUCGGUCAACAGACAGCCUCUCUCCACAGAGCUCAGGUUGGGAGCUUGAGCAUGUCCACAGAGAGGAGCUUGAGAAGCUGGAUCAGAAGAGACAGGAGAUUGAGGAACUGGAGGAGAGAUAUCGUGGCAUGGAGGAGGACCGGAUGAUACGUCAGAUUGAGCUAGAGCAGGAGCUGUCGGAGAAACAGGAGUGUCUGGAGGAGAUGAGGGAGAGUCUGCAACAGCUGCAGCACAUGCUCGGGACAGAGGACGAAGCAGAGCGGCCGGACUACGAGGGCAUGCUGCAGAAGCUGGAUGAGCGGGAACAACAGCAGCUGACGUCUGCUCGCAGGAUGAAGGCAGAGCUGGAGGAGGAGAUUGUGGAGCUGCAGAAGCACCAGGAGGAAAUCAAGGCGGAGUGUGAUGCUAUGUUGGACAAGCUUGAAACAAAGGAGCAGGAGAAGAGGGAGCUCAUCUCAAACUUGGAGGAAGAGAUACGCCGGAGGAAGGAUUCGCUAUAUGCUGAGAAAACAAAGGGAUUGAAGUCCAUCGAACAGGAGAAAGAACUGAUACAAGUGGCUCAGAGACAGUUAGAAGAAGAAAAAGACAUGUUGUUGUCGAAAGACGAAAGUUUAAAAAAGAAAUUUAAUGAACUUAGUGAGAAAGAGAAAUCAUUAAAUGUGAGACUUAAGAAACUUGACCAGGAGAAGAAGGAGAGAUGGAAACAUCUCCUCGAUGAGGUGGCAGAGGAGAACAAAAAGAUCGAGGAGGCGUGGUCAGAUCUGAAGGAACAUGAGGUCCAGUUGGAGGAAGCUCUACGGAAAGCUGUCUGUGAUAAAGACGAGGAUGAGCGGCACUUGGUGGAAUGUGAGCAGCGCCAUCUGGAUUCGGCCCAUGAGUUGCUGCGGGAAGAGGAAGAGAAGGUGGCAGCGAGGGAGCAAGAUUUGAUAGAGCUGGUGGAACGAGAGAUGGACGAGUGGGAGAGAGAGAAGGCAGAAGGAAGUGGUCAAAUACAACAAGAAAAAGACAAUCUGUUGGCGUCUGCUAGGACAGAAAAAAUGGAUAAGCUUGAGAAGGACAUUGAGAAUAGGACGGAUGCAAUAGAUUCUCAUGCUGCACGAAUUGUGGAUGAGGAAGAGACUGUGCUAAGACUGGAGAAGCAGUUAAAUGGGAAGCUGUGUGAUGUGCGCAGGGAGAAAGAGGCAAUUCAGGCAGAGAAGCAGCAGACGUCCAAAAUGGCUGACGUUCAGUUGGAGCAGAAGAAUAAAUAUAUUGAGGAAAUUGAUUCAAAGAUGACAGAGAUAGAUGAUGAAUGUGAGGCUGAGCUGGGGAGGAUCAAGAAGGAGAGGAACAGGCUGAUGUCAGAGAGGGCCUCACAUGAUGUUGGCUGUGCGACAGACGCAGGAGGGCUGUUGGGAGCUCAGAUGGAUGGAAAGAUUCAACAGUUUGAAGAUGAGAAGAAAAAAUUAAUCCAACAGACACAGGAGAUGGAAAGGCUGAGAGAAGAUAUAGAGAAAGGACAACAGGAGCUGGAAGAAAAACGAAGGAAGUUUGAAGAGGAGCGAGAUGCUGAGCUGGAUCGUAUCGAGUUUGAAAAGUUUAGAUUGCAGGAUAUGGAACACAAGGAGAGGAUCAACAACCUGGUGGAGCAGGAGGUGAAGCGCCGUCUGUUUGAGGAGAAAGUGGAGAGAGACAGAAUAAGGAAGAUAGACAAGGAGAAUGAGAGGAUAGAGAGAGAGAAGGAGAUUCUCAGAAUCAAGGCAGCUCAUAGCCGGGAACUCAAGCAGCUUCGAGCCAAGCUAGAAAAUAAUGGGAUGGGUAGAGUGUCAACACCCACACGGUCUAACCCUUACACGUCGACUAUGUCUUCGAACAACAACAAUAUAUGCAGCCCAGACCAGUCGCCGCGUAGGAUGAGUCAGACCAGUGGGUCGUCCAGUUCCGGCAGCUUCUCCAGUCCGUCAUCCCGCAUCUACAUCAGUAUACCCACAUACACCCUGCGAGGUCAUGGCAGCGACUCACAUCAUGAAUAUGAGGUCAAGGUCAGUGUUGGCGAGGACACAUGGACAAUAUUCCGGCGGUACAGUCGUUUCAGGGAUCUGCAUCAGAUAAUGAAGAAGAAAUACCCAGAGACCAGUAUACUCGUGUUCCCACCUCGCAAGAUGUUCAGCAAGUCAGAGAAGACCGUGGCUGAGAGACGGUUGCAGCUAGAGCAAUACUUGAAGAACCUGAUAGAAGUGUGUAUGAGAUCUGCGAACACACCCCUCCACCCCACACACAACAAGCACAUGACCAAACACAUCUUGUGUGACUUUGAUCCGUUCUUCAGGAAAGGACUGUUUGAGACAGCUAAACACUGCACUGCAUGAUGGCCUGCCUCAUCAACCAAUACGAACAGUUGUUACAAAGUGGUUAGGGUAUUUGUUGCCAAGCAACUGCCCCAGCAGCCAUCUUAGAAAUAUCUGUGCUUUUAUCAUAGUGCUGGUGCUUUCGUUACAUCUGCCGUUAUUUCCCUGCAACAUUUAUUUUCAGCUAUAUUUAACUUAGACCACCUACUAAGUGAUGGUUAUCGAGCCAACUCGUCAUGAUAUGGCUGAAAUAUUGCCGAUGUGGCGAUUAAUUUGAACUCCCACACUAUCGAGCCAUUCGAACAUGUGUUUGGAUUGCUCAGUAGUGUCUGUUGGAUUAUUCUGUUAGCUUUGCUUAAAUUUGAAAGCCAUGUGGGUAUCAUUUGUAAUGAGUUAACUAAAUGAUUACUUAAUUUGUAUACAGUAAAUAUGGUUAUUAUUAAACAUCAGGAAAGAUAUACGAUAUAUAUUGAUGAUAUACAUUCAGAUAGUUGAUGUAACCAGGUGAUUAUGGGAUAUAUCACUAAGUUAAUAUUUAACGCCUUGGCAUUUAAUAUAUUUUAAUUCAAGAUAUAUUUUAAACAUGGCAUUUAAACCAACUUAUUUAUAACUAUGCGUUCUUUCAAGACUUUGAAGAACUUGUCAUGUACGACAGAUUGUGAAUAUUUUAUUUUUAUGUAAAUACUACAAGGAUGUGAAUUUUACAUAAACUUAAAUUGUAUAUGUUCUGUAAUUAUUGUUUCUUGAUAUGCAAGCUUUUGAGAUUUCAUUGUACAGAGAAUAUAUUGUGUAUAUAUAAAUGCAUUCCACGAAAGAUGUGCUGGUUUCUGUCCAACUAUUUCUGUCUGAUAUUAAAAUGCAUGAAUCUUUUCAAUGGGAGUUGUUCAACCUUAGUCCACAGUGGUGCCUGCACUGCACUUAUGAAAGUUGGCAUGCACUCAGUCUUUGUCACAGACAGCACAACACAAACACCAGACAGGGCCAGACAAGCUAGUGGUUGAUGUGAGCAAGUCCUCCAGGGUAAAAUGACAGGCAAUCCAGCCAAACCAUCGACUUCACCCAGAGACCAUAAAAUAGUAUAAUAAUGGUCACUGCUUCAUCUGAUCCAACCUUUUGUGACUUUUCUUCACCCUACUAACAUCCUGGUCACCACAGGGUACUUCACCAUUCGUUGGGUUAGUAGUAGGGCUUGGACAAGUCCAAAUUUACUACCCGGGUACCCACCCCCUAUUACCGACCCUACCCAGGUACCCACCCCCUAUUACCCGACCCUACCCAGGUACCCACCCCCUAUUACCC